GCCGAGAUGCGCUGAACCUGGCGGCAGUGUAGUGUGUUGGGGGCCAGCGCGAGGAGGCGGCGGAAGUGCGUCCCUUUUGUCCGCCCGUGUCGAGCAGCUGAUUGAAACGUGUGCGAUGUUGUGCCUUCCGUUUCGUCAAGUAACUUCGCGACAGUGCGGAAUUUUGACGCAAGUGAAGAUAUUCAUUGAUUGUUUUUAAAACACAACAUGUAGAGUAUCAAGUGGACCGCAGUGUAUUUACUUUCUUUUUCUUUGUAUUAUUUAUUUUGUCUGCUUGCAGUCUGACAAGGCACUGCCGGUCUCGCAGUUCCAGGCAAUAUGUCUGUUAUGCUUCGACAGAAUCAUUGGUGCUUUGUUCGGAAAGUGAACGGCCUUUCGUACGUCGAGAUGUAAUACCCGCGUUCAAAAAUAGGUUUUUAGUGUUACCGACACAUUGACUCAACCCCCAAAAUGUAAUGACACAAAUUGGAGCAACAGCCGUUUCUUCAAAGGAGGGUGCCCCUCAAAACACACGCCGUACGGCUAUUAUGAAACGGAUAAUGCGACGGUACAACAUCACCUUUUGUUUUGUUUUAACGUGUGCGCUGAUCCUCAUUACGUUGUGGAUAAUGAAUGAAGACGCUGGGGGUGGCAACGCUGGCGGUUUACUUUACCGCGUCGCGGCGCCCAUCUUAUCGUUGGGGGGUGUCGGUAACAUGAGUGACGCCAACGGUAACGGCAUCUCCUGUUACGAUGAUGAAGGUAGCAAUACCGUAGACGAAAUCAGCUCUUCUGCGUCUCCUUCGCCACCGAGAGGAAAGUGUAUUUUUUUUCACGAAACAUCUUGUGCUUCGAGUGUGCACGGUGAAAUUGUGUUGACUGCGAGACAAGCGUGCGCAGUUGAAUCAGCUGCCAAAAUGAACCCCGACUUGGAAGUGUAUUUAUUGUUCACUUCUCCCAUUCAUUUAGGAAAUUCCACGGCGAAGAACAAGGUCCUAACUCAGUUGUUAUCGUAUCCAAAUGUUCAUAUAAGGCACCUUAAUUUCGAGAGAUAUUUCAUGGGUUCGCCGCUGCAAGAAUGGUACAAGGGUGGGGCUCUGAAAGCCAGCAGAUGGCCCAGGUCCCACGCUAGCGACGCCCUGCGCUUCCUGACGCUCUGGAAGUACGGAGGGACGUACUUAGACUUGGACGUCGUCGUCACGAGGUCCCUGGCAGGGCUCAGCAACUUCGCCGGGGCAGAGUCCAACACCGAUGUUGCCGCCGGGGUGCUCAACUUCGGGUCCGAAGGUCUGGGACAAAUGAUGGCCGAGGCCUGCUUAGAUAACCUCCGAAGUGAAUUCCGAGGUGACGACUGGGGUAACAAUGGUCCCGGGGUCAUCACGAGAGUCCUCAAGAAACUGUGUAAAGCGCAGCAGGUACGGGACAUGACUGCAGAGAGGUGUCAUGGGUUUACCGUUCAUCCGCCAGCAGCCUUCUACCCGAUACCAUGGCGUCAGUGGAAACUUUACUUCGACGAAGGCUGCCUGCUCGCCUCCACGCACAGCGCACAUACGAGUACGUGCUUCGGCCAAGGUUUUGCACUGAAUGGAGGAAGGUGCACGUGGCUUCCUGAGCUGCAAUAA